AUGGGAUGCUUCCGUGAUGAUUUGGAGAGAGAUAUACGAUUAUAUCGUGAAGGGAUAAAAAGGAAUGAAGAUACCAGAAAAUAUCAUAAAUUUUUAACAGAUAGGGAAAGGCUAGUCGGUGAAGAGUUAUUACGUCGCAGUAUACUAAAGAGUGGUUUAAGUAUUGCAUGGCUUGAUAAUCUUAUGGAAGAAUGGGAAAAAAUUCACACUCAAUUUAGAGAUUCUUCAGUGCUUGCACAGCAGUUAACUCUAGGUCUAAGAGAUGUAACGGCUUCCAGUUUCGAAUGGAGUGAUCCACUCGCCAACCAGAUAAUUGAUGAUAGUUCGGAUCUA